CAGAAGCCAACAUCUUGCAGGCUUUCAAGAGCCGGCAAUUAAUGCUUCAUUCUCGCAGCCCAAAGCCAUAACCAUCUACGUUGGACGUGCCACAGACAGUCGCCAUGGGUAUGCCAUAUUCAAAACAAGUCCACGCGGCAUUUGAUCAAGUCACGCCGCUCGUCGCCGCUGGAUUCGAAGUCCUCCGCACGACCAAAAACAUCGCUGUCUUUCUUGCCUUCCUCCAAGUAUUCGUGGCCAUCAUAUUGACUCUGACGCUGUUGGCGAUCCUUGCAGUGAUAUACUCUGUCAAUCCAGACUUGGAGCAGGAACGUCGUGCGCUGGUCACGCCAUGCAUGCAGUGGCUAGCGAGCUGGGUGAUGGAGUAUGGAGCUUCAACGGCCUGGAUUCUGAAGGUCCUUCUAGUUCUCGGCACCGCUGGCCUGGGGAUAUUUCUCUGGCAAGGGUCUACUACCGAUGUUAUUCCGGAGGUUGAAGGCGAGGACGACACUCCUGAAGACAUUGAGUGA